AUGAAUGAAGCUGACGUGGUGUGCCGGCAGCUGCACUGCGGGCGUGCCCUCGCAGCCCCUGCUGAGGCUCAAUUUGGUGAAGGCAGAGGUGAAUUUCUGCUGGAUGAUGUGGACUGUACUGGAAAAGAGAAUUUUUUGGGACAAUGUCCUCAUGCUGGCUGGGGCCUGCAUAACUGUGGCCCCAGAGAAGAUGCCAGCAUCAUCUGUGCAGGUGCUGGGUUAUCUGCAACCACAGCCACAGCAGAGCCUGUGGCCCUCCCAUCCACACCCGUGCCCCUGGCAGGAGCCUGGAUGGAGGUGAGGCUGCUGAACGGCACAGGGAGGUGCUCAGGCCGUGUGGAAGUUCUCGUCCAGGGCACGUGGGGUACCGUGUGUGAUGAUCUCUGGGACCUGGCUGAGGCCACCGUCGUGUGCCGCCAGCUGCAGUGUGGCCAGGCUCUGGCAGCCCCCACAGGAGCCCACUUUGGGGCAGGCUCUGGGAAGAUCUUACUGGAUGAUAUGCAGUGUGUGGGCAGUGAGAGCCACCUGGGGCAGUGCAUGCAUGGGGACCAGGCCAGGCACAACUGUGGGCACCUGGAGGAUGCCAGUGUCAUCUGCACAGGUGAUGGAUUAUUUGCAACCAUAGCCACAACAGAGGCUGUGACCCUGCCAUUCACACCCAUGCCCCCAGCAGGAGCCUGGAUGGAGGUGAGGCUGUUGAAUGGUACAGGGAGGUGCUCAGGCUGCAUGGAGGUUCUCAUUCAGGGCAUGUGGGGGACGGUGUGUGACGACUUCUGGGACCUGGCCGAGGCCGCCAUUGUGUGCCGCCAGCUGCAAUGUGGCCAUGCCGUGGCAGCCCCUGUAGGGGCCCACUUCAGGGCAGGCUCUGGGAAGGUCCUGCUGGAUGACAUGGAGUGUGUGGGCAAUGAGAGCCACCUGGGGCAGUGCAUGCACGGGGACCGAGCCAGGCAUAACUGUGGGCACCUGGAGGAUGCCAGCGUCAUCUGUGCAGGAGGCUGGGCCCCUGUGCGGCUGGUGGGCAGCCACGGAAGAUGUGCGGGUCGCGUGGAACUUUUCUACCAGGGAGUCUGGGGGACUGUGUGCGACGACCUCUGGGACCUUCCAGAAGCAAACAUUGUCUGCAGGCAGCUGGAAUGUGGCUGGGCCAUUUCAGCCCCGGGUGAGGCCCACUUUGGGGAAGGUUCUGGGAGGAUCCUCCUUGACAACGUGCACUGCAGAGGAGAUGAGCAGCACCUUGAGGAAUGUUCCCACACCGGCUGGUUUACCCACAACUGUGCUCACGGGGAAGACGCCGGCGUGAUCUGCUCAGAUGCCGAAUAUUCAACUGUCACACCACCAGGUCACCCACUGGCUGUCCUGGCAAGGAGAGUGGCCACAGCAAAGUCAUUGGGGAGGACCUGCUCUGGCUUCUGCCCCACCUACAUAUCCUCCUCCAGCUCAAUGACCCUCGUGUACUUCCGAAGCUUCAAUAACCUAGGAAAAAACUUCAUUGCUUAUUAUUAUUCUGCACCCAAAGCCAUCCCGAUAGCAACACCCACAACAGUAACAGCAAGAGCAGGGGAUUGGCCGGAGCUACGUCUGGUGGGUGGCUCUGGCCGGUGCUCAGGACGCGUGGAGCUUCUCCACCAGGGCUCCUGGGGCACUGUGUGUGACGACCUGUGGGACCUGAAUGAAGCUGAGGUUGUGUGCCGGCAGCUUGGGUGUGGUCAAGCCGUGUCUGCCCUUGGAAAGGCCCACUUUGGCCCCGGCUCAGGAGACAUCUUCCUGGACAACCUCCAGUGCGCUGGUGUGGAGCGCUACCUGGGCCAGUGCGCCCACUCGGGCUGGUCAGAGCACAACUGUGGCCACCACGAGGAUGCCAGUGUCAUCUGCUCAGAGGACCGGCCAGAGCUGCGGCUGGUGGAUGGCUCAAGCCGGUGCUCGGGGCGCGUGGAGAUUCUCCACCAGGGUGCCUGGGGCACCGUGUGCGACGACCUGUGGGACCUCAACGAAGCUGAGGUUGUGUGCCGGCAGCUGGGGUGUGGGCAGGCUGUUUCUGGCCCUGGCGAGGCCCACUUUGGCCCAGGCUCAGGAGACAUCUUCUUGGACAAUCUCCAGUGCUCUGGGGUAGAGCACAACCUGGGCCAGUGUGCCCACUUGGGCUGGUCAGAGCACAACUGUGGCCACCAUGAGGAUGCCAGUGUCAUCUGCUCAGGUUCUUCUACAGCUUCUCAGGAUCACAUCAAAGGAGGAAGUAACUCUUGUGGAGGGGUUACUUCUAGUCUCUCUGGCUCAUUUUCUAGUCCACAGUAUCCAGAAAACUACCCAACAGACAUCCAGUGUGUUUGGGAGAUCCACGUGGAUACAAAAUUUCGCAUAGAACUCAUAAUUCUAAGUUUGAAGCUGGAAGAGAUCCCUGGAUGUCCCUAUGACUCCGUUGAAAUCUUCAAUGGUCCCAGGAUUGCCUCACUCUCCAUGGGGAAGUUCUGUGCCCCUGAAACUGUGAUCUUCUUCUCCUCCUCACACAUCAUGACAGUGGUGUUCCAAAGUGAUUCCAUGAAAACCAACACUGGCUUUUAUGCUCUUUUCAAUGCCAUUCCGCAGGGUGCAAGGCAGUCAGAAGAUGGACCAGAGUUGUGGCUGGUGGGUGGCUCUGGCCAGUGCUCAGGACAUGUGGAGGUCCUACACAAGGGCUCCUGGGGCGCUGUCUGUGGUGACCUGUGGGAUCUGAAUGAAGCUGAGGUUGUAUGCCAGCAGCUCGGGUGUGAUUGGGCCAUUGCUGCUCCUGGAAAGGCCCACUUUGGCCCAGGCUCUGGAGACAUCCUUCUAGACAACAUUCAGUGUUCAGGAAGUGAGAACCACCUUGGCCAGUGCCCCAGCUCUGGCUGGUCAGACGACAACUGCGGCCAUCAUGAGGAUGCCGGUGUCGUCUGCUCAGGUAGCCUCUCCUUCCAUGAUAGCUUCUUUCUGAUCUUUCACCCAAAGACAUCCUAGUGAUGGAUGAAGGCCAUGCACGGAGCGGGGCCAGGGAAUUUUGGGACAGUGGCCCAACAGAUGAAUGUCCCUUUGGCCAGGUAGACAGAGAAUGCUGUGAGCCUGGCUCCAUUCUGAGGACAAACACAGCAGAGCCACACUAUUGGCUGCCCCUGUUCUCUGCACCUCUCCCAUUUCUGGAACUGCUUUUCCAGGUCUAACCAUGUCCUCAUUUUUGCUUAU